CAGGGCUUAUCAAAUUUACUAUUUAUUAUCGCAUUGUUUUAUUAAGUCCCACAAUUAAAAGUCAGAUAAUAAAGUACAACCAGUGCUCAUGUUUAGUCAUUACUAUCAUUCAAAAGUUUAUUUUUAAUAAAUUAUAAUUCUCGGCCAGUGUCUAAUACGCCACCGUCGGCUGAAGUAGUCAGUCUUUAUUUAUUUAUUUAUAUGUAAAUAUGGUGCUCAUUAUAGCAGUAGUAGUUCUAUUGAUCCUAGUGUACUGCUAUGGUACCCGGUCUUUCAGUUAUUGGUCUAAGCGAGGAAUCAAGCACGACCCGCCCAUUCCGUAUCUUGGCACGGCCACGCGACAGCUCUUUUUUCAAACCAGUCACUUUGAGAUCUUUGACGAGAUGUACUGGAAAUACCCGCAGGAAAGAUACGUUGGGUAUUACUAUACGACCACGCCGCUUAUCAUCCUGAGAGAUCCAGAAUUAGUUAAGAGAUUUUUAGCAACAGAUUUUAACUACUUCUACGCCAGAUCAGUUUUUCCCCUACAUGGUGUACCAGAACCGUUAAUGAAUAAUCUAUUUGCGUGCGACGGAAACUUGUGGAGGUUUCUGCGGCAGAAGAUGACACAUGCGUUUUCAUCUGCAAAACUAAGAGCCAUGUAUCCUCUGAUUAUUUCUAGAACCGAAAAAUUACAGCAACUUGCUGCCGAGGCUGCCUCUAGGGAUACAGAAGUAGACAUACUAGAACUCAUGGCACGUUAUACCACUGAUUUUAUUGGAGCUUGCGGGUUCGGCCUUGACACAGAAGCUCUUAACGACGAAAACUCAAUGUUCAGACGUGUAGGACAUCGCAUAUUCCAUACCACCACCCGUGAUGCGAUUGUGAUGUUUUGUAAAAUAAUGAUGCCCGGUUUAUUUAAGAGAUUACAUUACUUCUCCGAGUUUAUAGAGAAAAAUAUGUUUGAACUUAUAAAAAGUAUAAUGGCUCAGAGGGAGUAUAAACCAUCAGGCAGAAACGAUUUCAUAGAUUUACUUCUUGAAGCGAAAGCAAAAGGGAAUACUGCGGAAUAUUCUUCAUACGAGACAAAUCUCAGUGAAAGUCCAUAUCUUGCGGAGCUGGAAUUGACUGAGGAGCUAAUGGCUGCGCAAGUGUUCGUGUUCUUUAGCGCCGGGUUCGAGACGUCAUCGAAUUCCUCCAGCUAUAUGCUACAUGAGUUAGCCUAUCAUCCUCAAUACCAAAAGAAGUGUCAAGAGGAAAUUGAUGAAGUGCUCGCGCGAUAUGAAAACAAAUUGUGUUAUGAUGCUAUCAAAGAAAUGAAGUAUCUGGCUAUGUGUUACAGCGAAACGCUCCGCGUUUUUCCUGCAGCUGGUUUCUUGAUGCGUAAAUGUCAAAAACCUUAUAUCAUCCCGGGCACUGACAUUACGCUGGAUCCUGGAGUAAAGGUGGUGGUCCCGGUCAAAUCCUUUCACAAAGAUCCUCUGUACUGGGAGGACCCUGAACAAUUCCGUCCCGACAGAUUUCACCCGGAUAACAUGGCUAAAAUCAAUAAAAAUAUAUAUCUACCGUAUGGCGAUGGACCAAGAAAAUGCAUAGGAGAGCGUCUCGGAAUCAUGCAGUCCCUGGCCGGUCUGGCGGCGCUGCUCAGCCAGUUCUCCGUGACCCCUGGAAAGAGCACCGUGCGCCAUCCACCCCUCGAUCCAUCCGUGUUCCUUGUGCAGAGCGUGCUCGGCGGCAUGCCGCUUAUGCUGGUCCCUAGGAAGAAGAACUUGUGA